CCCACACACACACAUACACACACAUAUAAAUAUAUUUAUUAUAUACGCAUUUGUUCCACUCCUUUUUUUUUUGGUCUCUCGAUGGAUAUAAAUAAUAAACAACAACAAACUCCUGAAAAAGAAAUGAGCUCAAAGCGAAACAGUAUGUCAGCCUAUGUUCCUCUUCAUAGACGUACAGCAGAUAACAAUCAAGAGCGUUGGUCAUCAUCAGAACCAGCAGUAGAUGACAUGGGUUCAAGAAGAAAUAGUACAAGCAAGUAUAGGUCUAGUGAUGUAGUAGUCGAAGCUAGUCUCUCUUCCAAGCGAUCUUCUAUGCAAUCUCGUCGUCCAAGUAGCAACCGGUUUAGUCGCAAUAGCUUUUUGACAGAUGAUGACUUGGAUUAUGUUGGAUAAAAAAGACUAUUCUGAAUAUGAUAAUGAAUGUCCUCAAGAAGACUGGGAGAAUAUCUUGAGACAAUAUGAUAGAUAUGGGUCCUUUGACGAUGACAAAGCAAAUGCAAGAAAAAGCAAGAGAGCCAGUCGUCUUUUGGAUUCUUACCUUGACACUACAGUUCCUCCAGUCGAUGAACCAACCACCAUAUUGGAUUGUUAUGAUUUUCCUCCAGCAUUCAAAACUCAUCAUUUACAUGACAUAUUUAGGAACUAUGAAUCCAUGCGCGGGGGGUACAAGAUUAAGUGGUUAUCCGAUACUCGUGCAUUGAUCAUCUUUGAGCAUCCAGCUACAGCUAAAAAGGCCUAUAUUGAUAAUGUAACACAUGCACUUGCAAAAAUUCGUCCCUAUGAUGGUCCUACCGAUUUCUUAAAAGAGCGUAAUGGAAGCAAUAGGGCAAUGUCAAUUGAUUUAAAGAGACAAUCUCUGAGCAGCAAUUUAAGCACUGGGCGAACCAACAGAAAUUCUAUGAGAGAAGAAUAAAAUUACGCUCCCCCUUCCUUUCCGUUCCUUUUUUUUUAACAUAUACAUUUAUAAUAAACAUAUCCCCUCUUUUUUUAAAUCAGACAUAUUGCCU